UUGAACUGAGCGCAGUGUGUAACUUCAGCAGAUAGAAUCUCUCGCUCUCUCACACACACACACACACACUGACAGCGACUCUCAUUGAUUGUCUGCAGGCUGGAAACACACGCGUGUGAGUGCCAUGCCGAAUAAAACCAAGAAAGACAAGGAUUCACCAAAAUCUGCAAAAGUGAGUAAAACAGGAGGACAGGAGAACUCGGAGCGUGAGGGCUCGAAUAAGAAGGGCUCUAACAGCGUGCCGCCCGUCACACAGCUGCUGAAGGGCAAAGCGUCCGGAUCUCAGGCUCCGCUGAAGAAGGAGAAGCGUCCGAGCUCGUCUCGAUUCAGUCUGAGCAACAACCGAGAGCUGCAGAAGCUGCCCGCGCUCAAAGAUGUUCCUCCGGCCGAGCAGGAGAAGUUAUUCGUGCAGAAGCUGCGUCAGUGCUGCGUUCUCUUCGACUUCAUCUCUGACCCCUUGAGUGACCUGAAAUGGAAAGAGGUGAAGCGUGCGGCGCUCAGCGAGAUGGUGGAGUACAUCACCCACAACAGGAACGUCAUCACCGAGCCCAUCUACCCCGAGGUGGUGCACAUGUUUGCAGUCAACAUGUUUAGGACGUUACCUCCAUCAUCCAACCCAACCGGAGCAGAGUUUGACCCCGAGGAGGAUGAACCCACGCUAGAAGCAGCCUGGCCUCACCUGCAGCUCGUUUAUGAAUUUUUCCUGCGGUUUUUAGAGUCACCAGACUUUCAACCGAACAUAGCCAAGAAAUACAUCGACCAGAAGUUUGUGAUGCAGCUCUUGGAGCUGUUUGACAGUGAAGAUCCUCGAGAGCGUGACUUCCUGAAGACGACCCUCCACCGCAUCUACGGGAAGUUCCUGGGUCUCCGAGCGUACAUCCGGAAACAGAUUAAUAACAUUUUCUAUAGCUUCAUCUAUGAAACAGAGCAUCAUAACGGAAUAGCCGAACUUCUGGAAAUAUUAGGAAGCAUCAUUAACGGCUUCGCCUUACCGCUGAAAGAAGAGCACAAAAUCUUCCUUUUAAAAGUGUUGUUACCUUUGCAUAAAGUCAAGUCCCUCAGUGUUUAUCACCCACAGCUGGCGUACUGUGUGGUUCAGUUUCUGGAGAAGGACAGCACACUCACAGAACCGGUGGUGAUGGCUCUUCUCAAAUACUGGCCAAAGACUCACAGUCCGAAGGAAGUGAUGUUUCUGAACGAGCUGGAAGAGAUCCUGGACGUCAUUGAGCCGUCAGAGUUUGUUAAAGUCAUGGAGCCGCUCUUCAGACAGCUGGCCAAAUGUGUCUCCAGUCCACACUUCCAGGUCGCAGAGCGAGCUCUCUACUACUGGAAUAACGAGUACAUCAUGAGUUUAAUCAGUGAUAACGCGGCCAGGAUCCUGCCCAUCAUGUUCCCCUCACUGUACCGCAACUCCAAAACCCACUGGAACAAGACGAUCCACGGGUUGAUCUAUAACGCUCUGAAGCUCUUCAUGGAGAUGAAUCAGAAGCUGUUUGACGACUGCACACAACAGUUCAGGGCCGAGAAGAACAAAGAAAAGGCCAAGUGGAAAGAGCGUGAGGAGGCAUGGAUAAAGAUCGACAAUCUCGCCAAAUCAAACCCACAGUUUGUGAGGUACAUCGACUCCAGCAGCCUCAGCAGUCCGAUGGACAUGGAGACAGACCAGAUCAUUGAGGAUGUCAGGAUGCUAAAGAAGACCGUAGAAGAAGAAGCCACUCAGAUCCACAGAGACCAGCGUAGAGAACGUCCCCUGAUGCGACGCAAGUCCGAGCUGCCUCAGGAUACCUCCACCAUGAAUGCCCUGGAGACACACCGGUGUGCCGAGGACAUGAUUGGUGCCCAGGACGGCCCGUAGAGGACCACAGACGCCCGAACCCCAGUCCAGACCAGUCUCAGUCACCACCUUCAGCACAGAUGACCAGCGGUGGAGGACCACAAACACACGAACACGUUCUGUCCAGAACCAACCGCGCUGGAGCCCAUCCCACAUCCAGACCCCCUCGAUCCGCACCAGUCCCGACUCAUCCUCAUCUCCGCUUUCGUUUGUCCGUUUCUCUCUCUUAAAGGGAUAGUUCAUUCCUAAAUGAAAAUUCUGUUACUAAUUACUUUCCCU